AUGCAACUUCAUCAAAUCGUAUUGCUAUUAAUCCCACUCGUUUAUUCAAAGGAACACAUCAUUCAUUGGAACACAACGAAUACACUAUUUCGUGGUUUCGACGAUCCUGAGAUCAAUGUUCGAAUUGGCGAUACCAUAAAAGUAUUCUGCCCCGAUGAAACUGCUGAUGAUCGCGCAAAGCACUUGAUUGUCAAUCAGGUGUCUGAGAUGUCAUACCUGUCUUGUACCUUGGAAACAUUGAGGACACAAGUUUUAUUAUGCAAUAAAAAGAUGCGUCGUACAACUUUGAUUAACAUCAAAAGAACGGCACUUCUACCCGGAUCACCGAAAUUUGAACCAGGAAGCACUUAUUACUGGAUUUCUACAUCGGGUGGACAAGAGGAAAACAUUGAUCGUGGUACUCGAGGACUCUGUAACAGUGACAAUCUAAGACUUCGUAUCAAUGUGGAAGAAAUGAAAACCACUACGGCUGCUCCAGCUACUGAUGCCCGACUUCAUCCCAAAGCAAGAGUGAUGGCUGGAAAAAUUCCAAAUUCUUUGGAUCGAAACUAUGUUUUAGAGGUCGCUAAAUUAGCAAAUGAGGGAAGAACUGGAAUUUUCCCUAGAGAUGAAAAUGAUCGUAUCAAAAACACUCGUUUGAGCAGUGACGAUUUACUUUUAAGAAAUCCUAUAAUGGAUUCUAAAUCCAAAAACAAUGGCGAAUAUCCUUGGCAACCUGUACCUGUAGAAUCCUAUACGGAACUUUUGAAUGAUGCACACCUGAUUUAUGGAUCUCUAAACCAACCAGAAGAUAUCGAGUUUGUAGUUCAUGAAAGCCACGAUGAGAGCGAAUCCUUGCAUGCACGCUCUUAUCCACUUGAAUCAUCUGCUUGCAUGAGUAGUUUUAGUAUCUUCUUGAUUUUCUUGAUAUCUCUCUAUUUGUGA